AGCAAAGCAAGCAGGCUAAAAACGCUGCGUCGACGCGCUCGCUGAGCUUGCAGGUGUCGAAGGGGUCCGCAGCAAUCGCACGGGCAGCGCUGCGAUCGCUUAGCCCGCCGCGCCGCGUGUAACAGCCCCUGCACGCCGCCGCCGCGCACAGCAAAGACCAUGUCCGACAGCAACUUCAGCAAGCUCUGCGAGUGGAAGAAGGUCCACGAGGUGGUGGACGAGGCCUGGGCCGAGGACUGCUUGAGUGACGACGAGGUCGAGCUGCCCGCGGGCGAAACCUUCGGCGACGAAGGUGCCUAUCCCCAGCGUCACAUGCAUCAUAAUUGGGUCCGCUGACGAACACAACAUAUUUGCUACUCUCGAGCGUCGCGAUGACGACCUUUUUCAAUCACCAAGAUCGCCGAGGACCCUCGCUCUACAUCGCACACAUUCCUACCCCUCAAUACUCCUCUGACCAUAAUACUACUACACAGGCGAGGUCGACUCGGGCGACGUCCUCACGGAGAAGGAGCCGGAGCGCUGGAACGACCUGGAGCUGGAAGAGGCCGCCGGCGGGACGCCGCGACGGUCGGGAUGAUGAGGCUUUUUCUCGCGUGUGCGUGCGCGCGCGCGCUCGCGCCGCCGGGCCGGACGCUCGUUGGUGGCACCUGGGCCGGCUGGCAGCGCGAGUUCGACGUAGAGGGCGGCACGGCGCCCGCCGGUUACGAGCUCACGUCGCGCGAGCGCCUGGACGGGGACGUCCUCGAGCGGACCUUCGUCACGCCGGUCGAGCGGUCCACAUCAAUCGUGGACGCGGGGCGGCUCGUCGCGUCCGACGACGCCUGCGUCUUUGAUGACGACGACCGACAGACGAAGGACGAAUGGCAUCUGCGCACCACGUUUAAGAGCGACGAAUCUCGCGUGCGCGUGACGCUGCGGACGACGCGCGACGGUCGCAAGGUCUCGCCGCGGAAGCCGCGCCUCCGGAUCGCCGUCGAGUCCCGCGGCGACCUGCCGUCCGCCCGGACGCUGGCAAAGUUCGCCGCCCCGACGCUCGGCGCGUGGCUCAUUUCACCCAUGCUGACGCUGGUGGACACGGCCGUGGUCGGCCGCAGCAGCCCGACGGCGCUCGAAUUGGCAGCGCUGGGCCCCGGUACCUUGAUCGGCGACAACGCUGCGUAUCUUUUCAGCUUCCUCUCGGUGGCCACGACGAACCUGAUCGCGACGGCGCUCGCCGAAGAUAAGGAUGUCGCUUCUCUGUUCGCAAGCGCCGUGCGCCUGGCGGUCGUCUGCGGCGUCGCGUCCGCGUCCGCCCAGCUCGUUUUCGGCAGGCAGCUGCUCGCGAGAUACACCGCGCGGCAGUCGGCCGCGAUAGUGGCGCCGGCGUUCGCCUACGCGCGCGUGAGGGCCGUCGGCGCGCCGUUCGCGCUCCUCUGCAAGGUGUCGGUCGCCUUCUGCCUCGCCUCGAAGGAUGCCAUAACUCCGCUCCUGGCACUGCUCGCUGGGGGCGCUCUGAAUCUCGGCCUCGACAUCCUACUGGUGUGCGGCCUGGGCCGCGGUGUCGCCGGCGCGGCCGCGGCCACGGUCGUCUCGGAGGCGCUCGUCGCCGCUGCGCUCCUCACGUCCGCGCGGCGGCGCCUGCCGACGAUAUCAAAGGCGGCCAGGCGCCUGCUGCCAUCGCGCAAUGAAGUGAAGACGUUCGCGCGCUACGCGAGGCCACUCGUGGUGACGCUUUUAGGCAAAAUCGCCGCGUACUCAACGUUAGCACACGUCGCCACGGCCGACGGCGUCGCCGCCACGGCCGCGCAUAGGAUCCUCAUGGGAUUGUACUGGGCCUUUUGGCCGUUCGCGGAAGUUGGCUCCCAAAUCGGGCAGGCUUUUUUGCCCGGCGCGCGGCAGAAGUGGCCCCUCACGCGACGAUUACUCAAAGUAGGCGUCGGCGUCGGCGUGGGGUCGGCGCUCGCGGCGACGGCGGCGCUCUAUUCUUCGGGUGCGAUAUUCACGGCCGACGCGGCUGUCGUGCAGCGGCUGCGCGGACUGGCCCCGCUCGCGGCGGCGUGCGUCGCGUGCCUCGCGCCCAUGUGUGCGAUGGAAGGAGCCCUCCUCGCCAAGCGCGAUCUUGGAUUUUUAUCGACGUUCUACGCGAUAAAUGCCGCGGCGAUGGUCACAGCGUUCUCCGUCAUUGAGCGUGUUGGUCUCGGUAUUGGCGCUGCUUGGACGUGCAUGCUUGGCUUUCAAGUAAUACGGCUCGGCGCGUUCGGGCUCCGGCUCCGGCGCUCGCAGCCGACGCCGCCGCGCUGGGCGACCGACGCCUGGGCCGGCGCGCGCGAGGAGAAUGGCAUGCGCUUGUUCCCGGCGGACGUCGGGCUCCGCUUCGAGAAUGGUGCCGUGCGCAUUGCGCAUCGGUCAAAAGCUGUGGAGCGUCGCUUCGACGGCUCGGGGGAACUCGUGGACCUGCGCUUUUUAGAGGAAUAG